AUGGCCGACGGUGUCAGGAAGACCGUUGCAUUUUUAGCAACUUACGUCGAAGAGCUUGUGCGGUUGCAGAAACCAACUUUGGAAGCGGUGCUGAAGAGUAAUCGCGCGAAGCAGGUCAAGGAAUGGAAGGCAGCACAAAACUUUUGGGAGCGCAAAAGGCAGACAUUGACAGUAGAGCAGCAAAACUUAUUCGAAGAUUGGGAAUUUGUUCUUUGCGAGAUGUCCACUCUGGAGACUGUGGCUUUUCUGCCCCGUCUCCAGAGAUGCUUCCAACGUGUUGAGUCGUUUUUUACAGAGCAAGGGGGAGCUUUGCAGAAAGUAGGCAUUUCUGCGCUUGCAAGAUUUUUUGCAAAGUUUGCAAAGGACAUUCUUGAUUUGCAGAAAGAAAACCUUAGGGAUGUGGUCAUGAGCAAUCAAGCACAUCGCCACCCAGAGUGGAUGCGUGCACAGAAGUUUUUUUUGCGUCAGCAUCCCUUGCUGACAGUCGAAGAAAGAGAUUUGCUGGAUGAUUGGGAAUUGGUUCUUUGCGAGAUGUCCACUCUGGAGACUGUGGCUUUUCUGCCCCGUCUCCAGAGAUGCUUCCAACGUGUUGAGUCGUUUUUUACAGAGCAAAAGGGAGCUUUGCAGAAAGUAGGCGCUAGGAAUCUACAGCUUGCACUGCGAAGCCUACACAUGCUACAAUUUCCGACGUCGACCUUCGUCCGAGUCUUUUUGGAACGGUAUUCUGAAAGCUUCACACCAGAGCAGAGCGAAAUAAUUGCAAUGUGGGAAGCCCAAUUUUGUCAGAUCAGUGCAGAAGCCCAAGAACGAGCUCGUCGUUCGUGCGCGCAGGCAUUUCUGCGCUUGCAAGAAUUUUUUGCAAAGUUUGCAAAGGACAUUCUUGAAUUGCAGAAAGAAAACCUUAGGGAUGUGGUCAUGAGCAAUCCAGCACAUCGCCACCCAGAGUGGAUGGGUGCACAGAAGUUUUUUUUGCGUCAGCAUCCCUUGCUGACAGUCGAAGAAAGAGAUUUGCUGGAUGAUUGGGAAUUGGUUCUUUGCGAGAUGUCCACUCUGGAGACUGUGGCUUUUCUGCCCCGUCUCCAGAGAUGCUUCCAACGUGUUGAGUCGUUUUUUACAGAGCAAGGGGGAGCUUUGCAGAAAGUAGGCGCUAGGAAUCUACAGCUUGCACUGCAAAGCCCACACAUGUCACAAUUUCCGACGUCGACCUUCGUCCGAGUUUUUUUGGAGCGGCAUGUGGGAAGGUUUACAGCAGAACAGAAGGAAGUUAUUGCAGUGUGGGAAGCCCAACUUUGUCAGGUCAGCGCAGAAGCGCAAGAACGAGUUCGUCGGUCCUGCUCGUUAGCAUUUGUGCGUGUGCAAGAGUUUUUUGCCAAGUUUGAAGAUGAAAUUGUGCAGCUACAAAAGCAGACCUUGAGAGAUGUGGUGACGAGCAACCAGUCAAACAGGGUACAACGUUUUAUGACUGAAUGCAGGGACGAGUUGAAGGCACAGAACAAGAAGGAUUUGGUAAACAUUUUGCAAAGCAAAGAUAUGGAAUCCCGACCUAUGUCGUCUUUUUGUGGAGUGUUUUUGACGAGAUAUUUGCACCGGUUGUCCGAAGAACAGCUUGCAGUGGUCGCACAGUGGGAACGUGAGUUGUGUGUCUCUGAGACAGAACUGGUGGAGAAGUUUCUGGAGAUGUUGGGCCGUAGAGAAGCAGAUUUGAAGGUGCUUGGAGCUAGCAGUGUCGAGCAGCUUUUCAGUGGCCACAGCAAGAAAACCGACGAAGAUUUGCGAUUUGGUUACGAUUUUGUUCGUCGGCAGUGGAGUGAGUUGGCGCCGGCAGACCAAGAACGGAUUAGAAAGGCGUUAGAGCCUAUGAUUCAUAAGGUGGAGCAGAUGACGGUGAAGGAGGUCCAUGAUGCAAAGUUGCAUGCAGGAGAAACAGUGCUCGGGGACCAGCUGCCUCGCCCAAGGCUCCCCAAGAGUUUGCGGCAGUUGUAUGGGAAUAGCAUGGAUGCAGAAGCCAGGAUCAUGCCAUUUUUUCAUCGUGUGCACGAAGUGGAUGCUUACAUGCUGGACAUGGAAUUUCAAGAUUGUGCCUAUUGCAAGGAAGGUUGGUUCGGCAUUGCAACUGGCCGAGGCAAGAGUCGCCUACCUGGCGGCUUUGAGAGUCAAGCCUUUCAGAAAACCAAUUUUUGCCGAGCGCCUGAGAAAGAGUGGUUGGAACCUGGUAAGCCCAUCUGUGAGAAUUGCUUGCACGAAGCCAAAGAGCGGGCCAAGGCGCAGCUGCCGAAGGAACCUUUUCGCUUGACGGCGGCGAAUCACGCAGAUCCGGGAGACAGUUUGCCAGAGACGGACGCCUUGACUUUUUUCGAGGAAGAAAUUUUGUCCCCGAUCCAACAUCUUGUUCGCAUUUUUACUUUGUAUGGUACAGGUCAAUGCGAGCUGCGAGGACAUGUGGGUAACUUGUUUCAAAAUGGUCCGCAGUUCGUCCGAGACAUCCCCGCAGCAGUUGGUGAUAUGAAGAUGUUGUUGAUCAGGAGGUUUGACACCCGUUUUGUCAAGCGAGAAAAUUUGGAGCAAUUUGCAAACACAGAAGAAGGUGCGGAGCCGAUCGGUUUGGAAGUGCAGGAGGUCAAGCAGGAGAUUUGGAAGAAAAUCGAGAAGAAAUUGUUUGCCAUGUGGAUCUCCACGCGCUUGUGUUUGCAGUUGGCGGCGCAAGUGCGCGCGCUGCACGAGCCUGCUGAGAGUGACAGUGAUGCGGAUCGUGUGCAGAAGACUUGGGACAGCCUAAGGAACAAGUUGGAAGAGUUGUCUUUUGCAGAAGUUGGUGGACCAGAGGAGUUGGUGACUUCUACGUUGGUGGGGUAUUUGGUGUCCACGUACCUAUUUGCGGACGACCUGACGCAACAAGGGUCUGUCUUGUCUGAUGACCCGACAGCCGGGGGAGCUGCAUCGGAGAGAAAGUUGACCAGUCAUGACCAGGUGGAGCAAAUCUUGCAUGAUGAGCUGACAGCAGUCCAAGAAUUAGCUGCUUGGGAGGAUCAGCCUUUGGUCCCUGAAGGUUUUUGGUCCCCGGAAGAUUUGUCGGCGCAGCAAACACAGCAGGAAAUGCAGGAUGACCUUUGGAACGCUUUGUUGGAUGCGCAGCGCUCUGAUGCUUUAACAGCUGCAAGUUUGAAGCGGCACGGAGCCGGUCGUGUGGAAGGGUUGCCCAUCGUAGAUCCACCGACGGUGCUGAGUCGCAACCAGCUGAUCCGCGAGGAUCACCCUUACUAUAUUGCUGCCGGAUUUUUGAAAUUGUUUCCUCUGGGUCAUGGAGAUUAUUGGGCUCACGUACAAGACCGUGCUGACAACGAGCAACCCUUAUCAUUCUGGGAGUGGCUGAAGCAUCUGCUCCUCAGAUCCGAUGGGCGGUUCCAAGCGCAUCCCAGAUUUUACUUCUUCGCGCUAAAUACAGCAUUGCGCAACAAAGCACUCCGAGCACGGACCUACUUUGUGAAACGCCAAGUUGGCUUGAACACGAGCGAUUCGUACACAAAUGAAGAGUUGAUGAACAUGGGCAAAGCCCAAUUUACGAAAGUCAUUGCGGCUUUUGAACAAGCCAUGAUCGGGUCGGCGCAAGAAAAGUUGCAGCAACGCAGUGAUUUGGAAGCAUUGGUGGAACAGAUCGAACAAGAAACCUUGGAGCAGAAAGCAGAGGAAGUUUUCAGUUUGUGGCAUGCUGCAAAGAACGCUGGACAAGAAGUUUUGGAGGAGGGAAGCAGUGAAUAUCGCGAUUGGACAGAGCAAUGUGGAGCAGCGCAGAAGGUUUUGGAGACAGUGUUGGGAUCGGAGGCGGAGUCAUAUGGGGUUGAUGAGUUUGAGAUUUUUUUGGGGGGGGAGAGAUUGUAG